UGUAUUAAUAUAUUUUAUUUCAAUUACAGGACGAGACGACAUAUAUAUUUCAAAAUGGUUUGCCUACGACCAUUUCGAUUUUUUAUCAGACAAAUUUACUCCACGUCCUACAUCGGAGACAACGUUGGAAAUAUCAACGAUAGGGGUCUCGGCGACUACAGAAACGAAUGAUGAAACUAAUGAAAAUAAUGAAAAAAAUUUAAAUAAUGAAACUAAUGACUCUAAUGUGGCAUCAAUAACUCAGCUAUCUACAAACACUGAUCUGCCUACUAAUGAAAAAAAUUUAAAUAAUGAAACGAAUGACUCUAAUGUGGCAUCAACAACUCAACUAUCAUCAAACACUGAUCUGCCGACUGCCAGCUCUGCCAGUACCAAAAGGAAGGCCAAGAAGAGGAAGCCAGAAGCCUCAUCUGUUUUAGACACAAACGAAGAGGACAUGAUGCUACAGAAUGCUUUGGAUGUACUUAAUACAAGGGAUGAUGCGUACGAUACCUUCGGAAAACUCGUCGCAUCUGAAUUAAGAAAAUAUGACACCCGCACGUUAACAUACGUAAAAAAAUCAAUAAUGGACAUCAUUUUCGACGCAGAUAUGGGACGAAUUCAGAGCAAUUAUGGAUAUUUUACGCAUCAAUAUUCGCCAUAUCAAAAUGAGCCCGCUUCUGCAUCGACCUACGCAUCUUCAACAUAUAAUCCCACGCCCAGCCCGCAAGCACCCACGCCCAGCCCGCAAGCACCCAUACCAAGCCCGCAAGCACCCACGCCCAGCCCGCAAGCACCCAUACCAAGCCCGCAAGCACCCACGCCUAGUCCGCAAGCCCCAACACCACCAACAACAACACCAAGCCAGCUUGAGGCUCUACAUUUAAUCCUUGACAAUAUAACAAAUUGAUUUUACUUAAUAGUACUUUCACUACCCGGCAAUUGUAUUCGAUUAAAAACAUUUAAAUUUGAUAACAUAGCGUUUUACUUACCUUAACAUAA